AGAGAGGGAGGAACUGGAUUAUCAGACAUUGAUGAUCCUGAUAGAGAGUCCUGCUUUCCUCAGAUCAACUGCUCAGAAGCUUCUAGAUGAUUGGAGAACACCACUGAGGAAGCAGCAUGUAUGUAUACAUGCAAACUUCAUUGACUGAUUGAUUAACUGCUGAGAAUUGAAUGCAAGAAUUUGCAUGUGGCCGAGGCAUUAAAUGAAGCGUGUGAACGAAGGAGAAGCAUCUUCUGGAAACAGAAUGGAUAGGAGGGCACUGCUGUGGGCUCAGGACUGGCUGCGUGCCUCCGCAGGACUCCUCUUGUCUGCAGAAACAGCCUUCCUUGACGAUUUAUAGUCUUUAUGAGAGAAUAAUUAUUUUGUGAAGACAAAUGUGGAUACAGGCUGAGUACAUUGGGUGCAAACUUCCUCACUGUUUCACAGUGGAGCCUGACAGCCAUGCGCUCUUUCUUAAGAUGUCCUUGAGUAACAGAAGCAAGGAGUAGAAGAGGACGAGGAGGAGGAGGAGGAGGGAAGAAAGUUAAUUGAGAAAGACAUAUGAGUUUGACCUGUCCAAUCCGUGAGAUCACAAUGCUACUACUCUGUCGUGCUCUAGCUGUGGCUACCAUCCAGAUCUUUAUCUUCUCAGAGAACCAGGCGUUUGCCAAGAACAUCAACUUCUACAAUGUGAGGCCUCCUCUUGACCCCACACCAUUUCCAAACAGCUUCAAGUGUUUUACCUGUGAAAAUGCAGGAGAUAACUAUAACUGCAACCGAUGGGCCGAAGACAAAUGGUGUCCACAGAACACACAGUAUUGUUUGACAGUUCAUCACUUCACCAGCCAUGGAAGAAGUACCUCCAUCACCAAAAAGUGUGCCUCCAAAAAUGAAUGUCAUUUCGUUGGAUGCCACCACAGCCAAGAUUCUGAACAUACGGUAAAGAUCAUUGAAUGCAGGUCUUGCUGUGAAGGAAUGAUCUGCAAUGUAGAACUGCCCACCAACCACACAAAUGCAGUCUUUGCUGUGAUGCACGCUCAGAGGACAUCUGGCAGCAGUGUCACCACACCCUACCUGCCAGUAUUUGUCUGGGUCUUCAUGCUUCCACUGCUAUGAUGCCACCUUUUUUAGGAGAGGGAGAGACUAGCCCUCUAAAGCACAAGGCAAAAACUGUGUGAACACUGGAGUGAAGAUCAGUCUUGCACUUGGUGAAGAUGGUACACUGGACCCCAAAGCAGAAGCCAGUGAUUUGCUUUGCUAAACUUUUCUUGCAUGAGAUCAUAGCAUUGAGAAUGGGGUCUUGGUAGGGACCGAAAGGACUGAGUUCCAUGCUCCCUCAUCAGAGGGGGUUGCAUCCUAUCAGUUCUAUCGGAAAUAUCCGGUCAGUAUUGUUGACAAGUGAUAAUACUCUGGCUAGUCCUGGCCUGACCAUGCCUUUAGCUGAAAGGACUUCUUGACUUCACUGACUCACUCAGAGGCUGCCUAGUCAGGCGCUCUGGUUUCUGUGGUUAUCUCUGAGUGUCUGCAAUCUCAUCCACAGGUGAGAAAGCAGUAUCUGCACUACAUUAGACAUCCUGAGAUAAUCAGCUCAUAAUGAGGAAAGGUUUACUGUGGCUCAUGGUUGUGAAGGUCUCAGUCCAUGAUCUACUGUUGCCUUUAGGCCUGUGAUGAGGCAGCACACAUGGUAGAGAGUGUGUGACUGAGCAAAAAGCCACUCUGCUCAUGGUGUGACAUUGAAGGAAAGGAGAGGAGACUAGGCUCUCACGAUCCCCUUCGAGAGUGGACCCCCAGUUACCUAAAACCUCUCACUAUGUCCCUUCUCCUGAAGGUACUACCACCUCCCAGUGGCAUGCAGACUGGGGACCAAGCUUUUAACACAUGAGCCCUUGGGGGACACUCAAGAUGCAAGCCACAGCACCCAGCAACAGUGUAGUCAGUGAGAAAGGCAACUGUUUAGGAAAACUUUUGCUCGAACUAAUGUGAACUCCAUUUGCCAGUCGUCAGGUGGGGGUGGGGGGAAUAAGGCUUUUCAGUUACACAAUGUAAAUGCAUGCUGUGUGUUUCUUGACUGACAGAGGCCCACAAUGAGACAAAUUUACCAAUGUCACUGAACUUGAAUUUCCACGUACCAGGGGUGACAUAUGCUGGCUUAAAGAAUAAAAUUCUAUGCCAAAGUAGCUUGGUUGUGUUUCUUUUCUAGGCAAGAAUUUUGGGGAAGUUAAAUGUGAACUUAGUGAAUUGAAGAGAUUAGGAAACCUUCCUGAUCAAGGAGAAAGAUUUAUUUCAAGGUGCACUCUCAGAAAUAGGUUAAAGGUUUAAAGAUUCUAGGUCAGAGGCAAUGACAGGCCAUCCCUUCUCCCCCACCCUCUCACCUUUUUCCUGAAUUUCAAGCCCACGAAGAGACCCUCUCUAAACACAUGUUGAAAUGUUUGGACUUAAUGUCUCCUCCUUUAUAACAGAAUCUCAAAUUUUCAAAUGAAUAUCUUCUCUCUGUUUCUAGAAGACUGAUUUCCUGCCUUUACACUUUGACGUGACCUUUAACACAGUGCCCCUGUAUGUGUAGUGAUGAUUUAGUGGAAUUUUUUUCUCCUACUAAACAUUCACUGUUAGAAUGUUGGCUGCUCUGUAGGGCCCACUGAUGAAGAUAUCCUGGUCAUAUAGGUUCAUCUGUUAUAUGUCUGUCUCAUCUAUAUCUGUUUCCAACCCAUAUAGGUUGGAAAACUGUGGGACAUAAGUCCAAACCGUUCCACGCUU